AUGAAAAGCAAUACAGAGCAGAAAGCUGCUUUCAUGCGCAGCUUGUGGCAGGGUUUCUUGCCCGUCAUGGCAUACGCGUGUUCAUCCAUCUACAUGGUAAUCUCGCAAGCUUACGUGCUCAGACACAACAAGGCCAAAGAUGUCAACUACUCAACUCUCCUUCUCAUGUACCAGAACAUCUGUGGAAUCAUGUUGUACUUUCCUGCCGUUUACCUCGGGUGGCAGACUUUCGCUUUCUUUGACACAAAGGCUGCAUACAUUAUGCUUCCAAACAGCGCCCUGUUCGCUAUCAUGGUGUACUCUUCAACGCAAGCAAUCAGAACCCUUGCCGUUCCCAUGAUGUCGAUGCUAAGGAACUUGGCUCCCAUCACCAUCACCCUGGGUCCCGCGCCCUCCAACGGAGUUCUCUUCAGCAUGGUCCUCCUUAUCUUCGGCGCCUACGUCGCUGCCCUCAACGACCUUGCCUUCUCUCUUGAGGCCAUCUCCUCGUACUCCGCAAACUCAAGCUCAACAAGGAUCUGA